AUGUCCAACAACAGGCCUUUCUUCCAUAACUUCCUCGCGGCUUUCCGCGCCCAAUCCACCUACAAACCCUCAAACCAGCCAGUCACCACCGGCUCUUCAUCGCUAUCCUCAAAUCAAAUCUCCCAAAGUGCCCGCGCCAUAGCAACCAAAGCUGCCAACUCCGCCCACACUUCAACCUCCCCCUCCGCUUCCCCAGUUCACCACCACCGCAACCGCAGCCACAACAACCACAGUAACCACAGACAGAGCUCCUCGCACGACACUUCGUCCUCAGCAGCUCCAGCCACCGGACAAGUCACCGGCCCAAUCUCCGGCCCAACCCCAGUGCCAGUCCACCACUACCACCACCCCGAUCGAGCAGCUUCUCCACCCAUCUCAACUACCACCUCCAUGCCAAUCCCAAUCAACGGAAGGCCUGGAGAGCGUCCGCGCCGUGGGAGCGACUCCUCCAGCGGCUCGGGCGGGUUCCGCGAUAACACGGGUGAUAAGAAGUGGUUUAUUGGUGGGCGGACGGCGUCCGGGGAGGAACGCUUCUAUCGGCUUGGUAUGGUUGCGAAGGGUGGUGGACGGAUUGGUGGAAGCGGGCGGGUUGGGAGUAUUGAUCAGUUGAGUUUGUGA